CCACUAAUUUUAAUUGUAUUUUUUGUGUAUGCAAGCAAGAAACGUUAAUAUCAGUUGGAAAGAUCUACAAUUCAAUACUUGUAGUGUGUUUUUUUCAUUGUGUUUUUUGCAUGAAGGCCCUCUUAUUCAUUAGAUCCAAUGUUUGCUGACACAUUAGAAAAAAUGAUAGAUGAUUUAACAUCGACAUCACCUUUACGUUGCUGUUUACGUGGUCUAACACAAUACUGUGCGGCCAAUUUUGUCAAAAAUAAAAAAUCAUAG